AUGGAAAAAGAGCAGGGCAUGGAGGUGGAGUUCAUCAAUCCAACUCCAGGACACUGCCUGAAGACGCGUCAUUGGCCCAGUAUCAUUGAGAUGGAUUCGCUCACCAAUGCCUGUACUUCAAAGAAUGAACGUCCAUUGGAAAGCACAAAAGUGUUCAUCAAUGUGUGCAAAUCGGACAAAGUUGGCUGUCCGUUAAUGAAAGCAAUCANNNNAAACAGUUCCGGAAAACCUGUCCCAAAUGGUUUCUACUGGAGUCUUCCGCACUGCUUUACUCCUCCGCGGGAAGAUCUAGAUAAAAACAAACAACGGGCUAUGGCAAGUCUUCAGCGGAUUUGUAAUUGUUUUGCCAGUGGUUUCACCUCUUGCUAA